GGGGCUGGAGUAGUUGAAUUUCCAGCAGGAGCAAUUGCGAUUUUAUGGCUCACCCUGCAAUAAAAGAAAGGACGAUAUAAAGUAGGGUUGUCGGGGUGGCAGAGACUCAGUUUAGCAACAUAUUCGGUGAUGUGCGGAGGUGCGAUGAAGUGUGUUCUGUGUUUGCAGCUUGUAGCUUUGGUGUUGGCGUCCAGUGUUAACAGCAUCUUCACGAAGAACGUUAUGCCUGCUUUUAAGGAGAGAUCAAGUUUGGUGGAGCAUAUAGCGAUGGGGGCGCAGGUUGGGAUGAAUUCGUGCAAGGAGAUGUUCAAAUGGCAUCGAUGGAAUUGCCCAGAAACCGCGUUUCAUAGGAAAUAUGAGCAAGCUGCUAGCAAAGAGAUGGCUUUUGCUAAAGCCAUAGUAGCUGCAGCUGUUGUCCACACUAUAACUAAGAAUUGUUCUUUGGGAAUCAUCGAGGGUUGCGGAUGCGAUACAGAUUACGAGUCUUUUAACGAAAACUACGCUACUGGAGAAGGUCUUAACAUGACUGGAUUGGAGCAGAAAACUAAGGUUGAUUGGACUUGGGGUGGAUGCAGCGAUAACCCCGAGUACGGUAUGCAAGCGGCGAAGAACUUUUUGGAUGACCUCGACGAUGAUGGCGGAGUCAAAGGUUUGAUCAAUCUGCACAAUAAUCAAGUGGGAAGGAUGAUUGUUAAGAGCACGAUGGAGAAGAAGUGCAGGUGUCACGGGGUCUCUGGCAGCUGCACCAUCCAAACUUGCUGGAUGCAGGUGGCGCCCUUCAGCGUCGUAGCUGAAACACUGAAAAAGAAGUACCAUUUCGCAUCUAAAAUCGUCAUAGAACCGGAGGUAGCCAAUUCCGCGCUGGAAGAGAUCAAACUACCUAGAACCAAUCCAAACUCGUUGAUUUUCCUGCAAAAAUCUCCGGAUUACUGCCAAACGGAUAACACCUACGGAUGGAAAGGAACGAAGGGCAGGAUCUGCUCCAAAGACAAGAACGCCACCGAGUAUGAAGAGAAGAUGAGCUGCAGGAAUCUGUGCAGAACUUGCGGUCACCGAGUGAGAAAACGCAGGAGGGAGGAAAAGAAAAACUGCAACUGCUCCUUCGUCUGGUGCUGCAAAGUUAAAUGCGACGUCUGCAUAGAGACGCACGAAGAAUUCUACUGCCACUGAAUAUACCGAGACAAUAUUCAACUAGUUGUUUGUCCAACUAGCAAUAAUCAUUGCAGAUUAUGAAUCGUCAAUGAUUAUUGCUAAUUCGUUUAACGAAAACUUUGUGAUAUAUUUGUUGACGAAGAAAACGGUUGUUGCCGCCAUUUCGAUUAUAGUUUAUACUAAUAUUAUGUUAUAAUAAUAAUACAUU